AUGAAUAUCGGGGACGGCCUGCUGUUAAAACUGGAAAAUGGAAAACCUAAAUUGAUUAUACUCAAUCAUGCAGGUGUUGAGAAAAAUCCAGCAAAGCUGCUGUCCGUCAAGCCUAAAGCAGCUAAAAUCCUAAGCUCCAGGCAGCCAUGCUGUGCGGACAAAAUACAGGAACAGGAGCGUGCACCCCGGCAGGUAGCAGGGAGUCACAGGGAGGUUAAAUUCAAAGUGGCAGGCACGUCUACAUCGUGUGGUUCUAAUAAAACCACCACAGGGGGAAGGAACAGCAGCCUGACCUCAUCGAAAACCCGUCACAGCAUCAAAGCAGUGACCAGAGGAAGGGACGGGGUGAUGUCACACAAACUCAGCAGCACUGUUGGAGUCCAGGGAGUUGAUGGGAAAGCAGGACCGCCUCUGAAUGCUGGCAGCAGAGGUGGUGGGAAAACGGGCUUAAAGCAUCCGUUGGUCGGUGUGGACACCGAGCUGAAGGACCGUCUGCUGUGUCUGACCAGUGAAGAGCUGCAGCACAUCCUCAACACUGUCAACACCCCCAUCAAUGGACAGAAUGGACCAGAGGAGCAGGCGGAACAAGGCUAUCAAACAGACCCUGAAUCUGUCUCGUCUGUGAACGAAGAAGGACGAGAAAUAAGAGAGGAAGACAGAGGAGGAGGGGAAGAACGGAUGGUUGAAGGAGGCUCUGAUGCAGCUCGGAGCUCACGAGAAAAAGAAAGCGGAUUAUCUCGGUCUUUGUUCAGCUGGCUGGAGGAGCGACAGUCGGAGAGCAGAGCAACCGUGGACGCCAAGAAGGCUCAGUGGAAGAGAGAACUUGAUGAGCAGGUGGCUCUAAAGCAGCAGCGUUCAGCCCCCGGCAGGCUGCAGGUGGAGGAGUACGCUGAGAGUGUGUUGUCGGUUCAGAGUUCUGUCGGCCACAGAGACCAGCCCGCUGCCAUCAGGUCCAGCCUCAGACUCGGGGAGGUCACUCCGAUGGAGGAGUCAUUGAGCAUUGAGAGGAAAGAGGAGCAGAGGCGAUGCUGGCUGGAGGAGCUGGAUCGUCAGCGAGAGGAGGCGGCUCGCCGCAGGAAGCAGGAGAAGCUCCUGAAGAGCCAGCCAGAAGACCACGACCGCUGGGCCGCGCACUUCGACUCGCUCCAGAGGAGGCGCCUCGCCCCAACUCCUGCCGCUUCGGCGCCACCUCCAGGCCGGCUCAACGGCUCCGAGCGAGGGGACUGGGACCCGUCGUCCAGCCUGUCCCUGGCCUGGGAGGCCACCAGCAGCUGCGGAGCAGAGAGCGUCGUCGGAGUCCGAGUGGAUUCUACAAACGGGUUCCCGACCAGAACCAGCUAUCUGAGGACCAUGACCUCCCUGCUGGACCCUGCCCAGCUCGAGGAGAGGGAGAGGAGGAGGAUCGCGCAGCAGGAGCAGCAGAGAGCGAUCGAGGCCCAGGUGGAGGAGCGCCGAAGGCAAAAGGAGCAAGAGGAGGCGAAGAGGAGACGGGAGGAGGAGGAGGAGGAGAAGAGGGUGGCCCUGGAAAGGGAGAAGCUGCAGAAACAGUACGAGCUGGAAACACUGAGGAAGAAACAGAAGGAGGAAGCGGCUCAUCAGGCGGAGCCGCCAGAGAAAAACCUCGGUGACGGCAGAUCGGAGGAGACGUCGGAGCCCAGCCGUGAGUCAAACCUCCCAGUUACCGGACAGUCCGGGGGUUUGGAGAACACCAACGGUUCCACCUCCUCCUACAGAGACAUGGCUGUUCAGACAGCGACAGCUCAGUCUUCAGAUGUCGCCGUGCCACCUCCCCCACGACCCGCUGCUCCUCCAAACAGCAGGAGUCAAGCGGGGAGAACGGGGAAGGAGAACGUCCGUCUGCCGGCGGGCGGAGACCCGUACGAGCCGUUCUCCAGGACGGAGCGGAGCUGCAGAGACAAGAGGAGGCCGGACUGGAACACACACAGACCCACUCGUCAGUUCGUUCCAGCCUCAAAGCGGUACCCCGUGGAUCUGCAGAGGAACAGACAGGAGAACCGACUGAAGAGGCAAGCUGAGCUCCUCGCCCUGCAGGAGAGGACCCGUCAGACCAGAACAGAACCUCCUCAGAACCAAGAGCCUCGGCUCUGUCCCAACACCCAGAGCUCCGGUUCCACCAGGAGGGUGGAAACUGGUUCCAGAGGAGUCGGCGACCCGACCGCCGUCAGUUCUGACCGGGGGCGCUCUCCGCUCAUCCCUGCCAUCAAACACAAAGUCCAGAGUCAGCAGGAUCCCUCUCCUUCUCCGGUUCUGGAGUUCGUUCCUUACAUCCGGACCGAUGAAGUCUUCAGCCUGAACCCACUGGAACCCGCCGACACCCCCCCACCGCAGACACCCUCAGGUGCUCCUCCUGAGAGUUCAGCGUCUCCUCCCGUGUCUUUACGUCGAGACCCGCUCCUCCACCAGGAGCUGCUGCGUAACACACACGCACACACACACACACUCCGGCAGCAGGAGAUCCUGAGAGGCCUGGCUCAGCUUCGACAGGGUUUGUUACAGAAGCAGAAGGAGCUGGAGACGGAUCUGAAUCCUCUCUGGAGUCGCCAUGAUGACGGGCAGCGAGUUCCUUCAACGAAACGCAACAAAACGUAA